UCGCCAAUGACAGAUUGAUAGUCCGCCUGCUGUCUGCCGCAGUGGUGGGUUGUGUUAUCGUGCGAGGCGAUUAUUUCACACAAUUUAUUAUAAUUUGGGCGUAUUGUAUUAACUGUUAAGUGAAUAUAACAACAAUAAAAAGUAUUUUAUGACUACAAAGUCUGUGACUGAAAAACGAAGUGACAUAUUCAUAACUGUUGAUGAAAAUAGGCAAUGCAGUGUUUGCUAUCGAGUAGAUUUUUUUAAAAAGUUGUCAUUUAUUUACUCUGCAAUGGGGAAAUUAUUGAGUCUUUUGUCUCGGGAUGACUCGAAUUGUUGUUCAUCGCCGCGGUACGAUAUAUUUUUGGAUUUUGAGAACGCCGCGCCCACGGACACUGAGCGCGAUGUUUAUGAGGAGGUGCAAAGGGUGCUGCUUGACUCAGAGAAAAUACUGGAGGAGAUACAGUGUUACAAGGGAGCGGGGAAAGAGAUACGAGAAGCUAUAGCGGACCCGUCGAGGAUAUCACAGGAGCGAGCCUGGCGCGCCGUGCGUCCACUCGUUGACAAACUCCUGCGCUGUUACAAUCACUCUCUGCAACUGCAGCGGGUAGUCCCACGGUUGCUGGGCUCGCUAGUGGGCGGGGCGAUGAGUCCCACGCAACACCUUGAACAACAGCAAGCUCUCGUCAAACAGUUCGCAGAAAUUUUAGAAUUUGUGCUCAAAUUCGAUGAAUAUAAAAUGAAGACACCAGCGAUACAAAACGACUUUAGUUACUACAGACGAAGCGUGUCGAGAGGCGGGCUGAUCAACGCGGAGCUACCUCCUGGAGAAGAGCCUCACAUAACGGCAGAGGUUGCCAACAGAAUGUCCCUCUUCUACGCACAAGCCACGCCGAUGCUGAAGGUGCUAUCAGAAGCCACCAGCCAGUUCGUGAAUGAUAACCAGCAAGACUUGGAGAAUACGACGGAAACACUCAGCACGAUGGCUAAAGUCUGCCUCAGGAUGUUGGAGAACCCGAAAUUAGUCGCUCAGUUUAGUCGCGAAGAGACGUCGCUGCUAGUGCUGCGCGUGAUGGUGGGGCUCAUCAUCCUGUACGACUGGGUCCACCCGUCCGGUGCCUUCUGCCGCUCCUCGUCCGUGGACGUGAAGGGCUGCGUCAAGUUCCUGCAGCAGCAGCCGCCCACGAAGGCGGAGCCCCUGCUGAACGCGCUGAGGUAUACGACGAAACACUUGAACCACCAGUCGACGCCGAAGAACAUCAGGACGCUGCUGGCUGCGUGAGGACAGCACUCGAGCCUUGCAUGUUGCUGUGGGGAAUGAUGCGACAAUAAUUACCUGUGGGGAUACCUCGUUGGCACGCCUUUAUUUUGCUCCUUAGCGAUACAUACCUAGUAUACGUCUAACACCAUCUCUCAUCGCUACACUUCGAACGUCGAAUGACGAAGGACCACGACAUAGCAACGUUUCAUGUACCUAUACGUAAGACUUCCAUUGUAACGUAGAUAGAGGUAACUGUAUCUAUAUCUGACGAGGCAGUCGCUAAUAAUUCCUGAGAAAUAAGAAAAUCAUAUCAUUGUGGGAUAUGGCAUACACUGUGGCACUUGGAUGAGAGAAUGUUACGUGUCGUCUAAUAUUGUUCAAUCUUAUAAUUCCUACAGGUGAACAAUACAUUUAAGACCUGUAUUUUAUUAUUAUCUACUGAUUCAAUUAACUCUUACUAAAUUCGGAAAAAUAAUAGAUAUUAUUAAAAUUAAAUAUAUCUAUCUAAAUUAUAUAUUUUGUUUACGUUGUGUAGUUAGCUUGCUUUAAAAGCAAAAAUGUGUAAUGUAAUAAUAUUGAGAAGCUAUCCCUACACUCCCACGUUCGUGCAAGGUUUCAUUGGACCCUCUUCGUCUCUGCAGAAGUCUAGCUGUCAGUCGCAACUCGUAAGUUAGCUUGUAAACUAUCAUAGGAAGGCUUAGACACCUCUAACGUAUAUUGUAAUGAAAAUGAGUAUUAUUUACAUUUAUUCUACGAUAUAAAACUGCCUUGGAUCAUAUUGAUUGGUUACCACACAAUUUAUUAGUGCAAUUCAUUCGAGAAUUUAUUGUUAUUGUUUAAAUGAGUACCUUGGCGUAUCCUUUCUAAUAAUGCACCUAAGUAUCGCAGAAUGCUAACAUUUGAUUUAUAUUAUGAAGUUGAUAUAACGUUAUUAGGUAGGUAAUUAGUCAUUAUUGUGUAUUUUCCUUGAUACUUAGGUGGGAGGAUAUGAUUGCUAGAUGUACUCAACAAACUUUGGUCCCAGUGUUGGGUGGUAUUAAUAGAUAUUGUAAAUUUUAUAUACUUAGCACAAAUUUUAUUGUGACGCACGUCUCCGUACCGGGAGCGCAACAUGCGUGUGUAUUCGGUUCCAAAGAUUUAUUCAGAACAUUCAUUACUACUUAUUUAGUUCACUACAUAAUUCGUACGAUGUAUUAUUUUUUAAAAGACUGAGAUAGACACUCGCGAAUAUUUGAUUGCAUUUGUCGUCAAUACAGUUCCAUUUCUUUUGAUUAAGAAACCAGAAAUGUAUGAUUCAUGAUAUGCCUUAAUGAAUGAAAGAAAUAGGCGUACCUUAUGACAGAUAUGAGUAACUUCAAUGCCUUCUCUAAAAUUAUUAUAAAAUGUUAAGUAUGUCGUGUUAACAAUGUUGAAUUUAUGCAUGUACCACUGCCUUGAUGUUAACUAACAUAAUAAUUUAAAAUUGAAAUUUAUAGGAAUAAUGUACCUAAUAUGAUUCACUAUUUGAUGUAUAAACUCAUAUGUAAGUGUAACAAUUAAGCGUGUAUUGUUUAUUUACAAGUUUAUAAGUAUUUACAUCAUUAUCCCAGUUUAGUUUGACUGGCUAGGCAGAGUGCUGGAACGAGAUAUACUAUAUUUUUUAAUUAUAUUUAAAGCCGCUGAUUACGCUCAAAAAUAUUUUGCAUGUUGAAUUAAUUCUACGUAAAUAAGAUCUCGAUCUAUUGAUCAGAUUGAAAUUUUUGUUUCAAUCAACUCCGAGAAUUACGUACCCGAAUAAAUUAUUAUACGAACGAUUUGACGAAGCUUGAAACAGUUUGACUUAUGUUACGUCAUUUCUGGUUUUACUGCCACUCACCUGAAAAUCGUUUAUAAGAUUGAAGAUCGCUAAUGACUGGUGUGAAUAUACAUUGAGCCAAAAUUUUUGACUGUUCUUUAGCUUACCAUUGCGCAUAUUCGCUUUAAUUUAUAACGGUCAUGUCUUCAGGGGGUUUAGUACAAGUUUGUUUUACGUUUAACGGGAUCGAAAUGAAAGCGCGUUCGGCCCUGUGAUUGGUUGGUUCAUUCGUUAUCGUUCAAAGUAAAGCAAACUACAACAAAGCAGAAAAUUUGGCACGUCGUAUAGGCCCUAAUGUUUAGUUUACAAAUGAUCAAACCCUAAUUUGUUAACCCAUUCAAUUCAUGUUUAUUGGUACCUAACAUAGCCGUCGGUAUAUCACUAAGCACAAACACUUGUCUUACGUGUAUAGUAUGUUAGAUUAAGUAAAGUUAUUAACUUAGGACAGUUAGUUAUAUCAUGCACAGUCAGCACAAUACUUUAUUAUAGUUAUUAUUAUAUUUAAUAUAGUACCCUUGUUGAAUAUUAUCUUGUAAUUGCGACUGUUGCUUGCAAUGAAUAGGUACGACGUACGACUCAUGUGUGCACUCCGAAUUGCAUUUGCUGUGAGGAAUUGAAGGUUUGAAUAAUAAUAUCGUUCCCUAAAUUAACACUGCCCAAAUAAGUAAAUUUUAUACAAUAUUUUUUUAAUAAUACAUAAGUUUUCUAAAAUUAUUCCAAGAUGUAUUAAUUCCAAUCACUCCAUGUUGAGUCUAAGCAUACUUUGAGCAAAGUUAGUAGUGUCUAGAUGGGCGGAACUAAAAGUAUUGAAUGCUUAUGAUUGUAGAACAUUAAAUUAUAGAAGGGACUCUCUAAGGUCGCCAUGAAUGUUUGUGAGUAGAACGAAGCCGUUAUAGGACUAUUUACGUUAAAACUAAAAACAUUUACUUGCAUUAUUUACUCAGAAUUUAUUAUAGCACAGGCAUUUGUUAACAGUUUAGGAAAAUCUUUAGUAAAUUCUUCUAGAAAGUUGAUAAAAUGCAAAACAUAAUAUUUACUAUGUAGUUAUGAGAAAUUGUUGUAUGUAUUAUUUGAACUGCAACAUUUUGUUAUUGUUUAAGGUGGUUUUGUAUGAUAGACCUAUUUUUCUUAGUUAUCAUUUAUUUAUUGUAUAUAAUAAACACACCAAAGUUAUAAGUAAUAAAUAAACUUGGAUAGAUUCUUGUAAA